AAAACAUGGCAUUGUAUCGACAUCAGUUGCUGAGAAAUCACUCAACUCAGUUGAAAUUAGUGCGGUUAAAUCAGAUAAAAGUGAAAAGAUUUCAGAAAAGAAAAUGACCCAAUUUUUGGAUAUGAACGAGGACUGCAUAGGUCACGUGCUCCAGUGGUUCAAACAAUCAGAUUCUGACUCUAUUGAUACAAUUGUGGCCGUUUCGCUUACUUGCACGAGAUUACAGUCACUUACAUCGCGUUUUAUGCGACACAACAGCUACAGCUGUUCAAUUACAUCGGAUGAAGAUGAAAAGCGAGCUAAACGCACGAUAGCAACUAUUGGAAAACGUUUGGUGGAACUGAACGUGAAUAUUGCCGAAUCAUAUACUGCACUUGGCCCAACAUUUUUGAAACGAUUGCCAUCAAAGUGUCCAAAUUUGAAAAAAUUUAACAUCUCUAGUAAUGUUUCGCUGAAUGCGACGUUGGACGGAGCUCGAAUGCUACAUCAUUUGGAAGACUUAUCUGUGCAUUGCUAUAAUGGAUGUACAGAGGAUGUUGACAGACGUAUUGUAAUACGGUUAGCUCAGGAUUCAAAACGGCUUAAAUCACUCAAAGUUACUGGUGCAGAGUGGGACUAUAAGACUGUCGUCGAUUUCAUUCAUACAGCUGAGAAAUUGGAUUGCCUGAUCUUCGAAAUAGAAUAUGUUCAAAAACAUUUAUGCUACGAAAUAAGCAACUGUUUGAUGGAUGAAUUCCGGUACCUAGACAUUACCGAGUCAGCCGAGCUGAUCUAUUUUUUGGAAUUCCGUGACCUACUCAAGCAUAAUAUGCAUAAUGCUGUCCUAUAUUGAACUGAUAGUUCUGACGAAAGUCGACGAUUUUGCCGAGACAAAUGUGAAUACAAAUUUGCUGUAAAACAUUACCGAACAAUAAAUUCAUUCAACGAA